GCUUUGUGACGCCAAAUUUACGGGACAAGACCAAAUCGGAAACGUAAUGCGACGUAAACUGAAAGACAUUAUUUUGUUUUUGUCAUAAUGUCUUUCACAAACCUCUUCGCGAGUCUUUCUGGAAGUGAUGCGACGUCUUUUACAGUCAGGGGCGACAUUGACAAGGUUCAAAGUACUACAAGCAAAAAGAGGACGAGCGAGGGUGAGCAACCUGGUCCCCAUACAAAGAAGCAACGUAACUGGACACAGGCAAGCAAGCCCGAUUUGGACACCCAAGAUUAUUCCAAGUCGUUUGACUAUCACGUGCAGCUCACUGACCACAAGAAUAAAAGGGCUGGCUUCACCAAGGGGUCACCAUAUAACUGUGCCAAUCAGGUCAGUUACAGUGGCCCCAAAUUUCAAACAAACCACAAUGGCAACCGGCAACAACAGACAAAACAGACCAAGCAGCAGAAAGGUCGACAGCAGAAGCGAGGACAGCCUCAAAAUGGAGGGGGACGCCAUCAGACAAAAAGUUCAAGGAAACCUGCAGACAGAACAGAACGCAGAAAUCAUAUACAGAACAGAAUUAAGACUCGGCCAGUCAAAUAUUUCACAGAAGAGUUUAAGGAACAGAAUAUUUUGUUGGUGAAUGAACAAAUGGUUUGCCGACAUUUUCUUCAUGGAAAGUGCAUCAAGGGUGACAACUGUCAAAUGCAACACAUUGAGCCUGAGAACGAUCUCGUCAAAACGCGUUGCAAGUAUUACAUGCAGGGAGCCUGCAUGAAAGGGGAGAAAUGCCCGUUUAUGCACAGGUCUUUCCCAUGCAAAUUUUUCCAUAAAAAGGGAAAGUGCUCUAAAGGAGACGACUGUAGGUUUUCUCAUGAGCCGCUUAAUGACAUCACCAUGAAAUUGCUGAAUGAGUUUAUGGAAUAUGAAAUGGAGCUUGCCAAGAAAACUGAGCAGUCUUCAGUUCAGUCCGUGACAGUAGAUGAGCCGGAGGUCACGCAAGCACCCAAUCUCGAAGAAGAAAAUAAGGCGUCUGAUAACAUAGAACAGCCCUUCAAGUUCAACUUUUAUAACAGUGCCACCUCAAAUGCAAAUAAUGAGGAAACAUGUCAGAGUGAAGAAGUAGAUGAUGUCACUCAAGAAGAUGGUCAGCCAUGUGAACCAGCUUGCCAGUCUCUGUCAAGUAACCUCAGUCCUGAGCCACCAGUUUUAUAUUCUGUUGAAGCAGUCCUGGGCCUUCAGUCGUCCGGCGUCUUCAAAACUCACAUAAGUCCAAAUCCGACUAUCAUCCCUGUCCUUCCCACUUCCCCUGGUUGCAGUGACUCAGAAAAUCAUUGUGAGGUCCCUUACUCAGUUAAUGUUGUCCUCAGAGCAUCUACAUCCACAGAUAGCUCAACUUGGAGUGGCUCACCUACCAAUGCUGCACCAACGCUUCAGGUCGUAUCUUACACUCCAGCAGACGAGCGGAGUUCCGCAAGCCCAAAUAACAAAGCUUCCAAUUUAUUAGGUACACAAAACAAAGUGCUGAGAGAGACUUUGAAAAAUACAACAGCCCUCAAAGUGGCUCAAGACAGUCAUUGUGACGAUACGGCAGCGCCUACUACGACUUCAAAAGUCACAGAAGCAGAGGAGUCUCCAGAAAACAUGAGAGCAGAACACACAAGACCUAGGAGCCCUCUUCAGGGUCCGAGAAGAGACAAAACCCAGCAUCUAACAACAGACAGUGCUCAACAGCUCAAGUCCUCCAAGCGGGGCUUACAAAGCCUUUUUUCAAGCCCCCCUCACCUGAUAUCUCCUCAGAAACACUCACCACCCUCCAAGUCCCGUCAGGUGCAUGAUUUCCAUUCCCUUAGUCCGUCAUCUCAGAGGUCCACACAGUUCAAAGAGAGUGCUUCGGUUCCCGCUGCACUUGCCAGCCCCUUCUCAGAAAACAAUCACCUUCCUCUGCAGUGUCACACACAAUCUACUCUCACUUCCGAGGCGCCAAAGGUACAUUGUUCUAGUGGAACUACAACACAUUGUAAAACUGACUGCCUUAGCGUGUCUGCACCUUAUAAAACCUUGCAAACGCCAUUUAAAAGCCUUUUUGCAAGAAGCAUCCAUGACGCUCAGAAUUCAACAAUUUCAUCCAUAACCCGCAACUUGACAGCUUCUCCCAAGUCUACUAACGUCAAAUGCCAAGAUCCCAUAAAAACGACCGCUGAACCAGACCAGCCUCGUGCUAGUUCUCUCUUCGGCCUAUUUGCCACCCCUCUCGGUUUCCACUCGCCACCAUCCAUGUCUCAACCAAAUCGUUUGUACCAGCCAGCAGCUCUUUCCUCAGAUACCGCUCAAAGCGAUGCUCCUUCCAUUGUAGGUUCUUCAUCACCAGCAACUUCAAAUUCAGUCCUGAAAACACUCUUCCUGUCACUGAGCCCAUAUCAGCAAGACAGACCGUAACUGAUUGGUCUUCAAUUCUUCAGUUACGGCAGAUAUUUAAGUGGAUUCUCAUGUAUCAAAUUUGUAUUUGGGGAAAGCAACAAAGCAAAAUGUCUGGGUUAGUUUUGUAUUGUCUACACAAAACAUGGGCGCUCCAGUUGACGUGACUUUUGAAGUCAGUUUUUAAAAUUUAUUUUUGUAUUACUGUAUAUUGAAUAUGUUUAUACAAUGUUUUUUUUAUUUUGAGCACAUAAUGAAGUAAUUACAAUUAAAUGUCAUGCAAAUUGA